GCCGGCGACCGACCGUGCAACCCUAUAUAACCGCCCGCGCCCACAGUUCAACUCCCUUUGGUCGGUUUCUUCGUGGUCCAUUACUCACUUCUUUCUCUUCCACCAUCAUGUCCAACCAAGAGUACUACAACGGCGGCCAGCAAGGCUAUUAUCCUCCUCAGGGUCCUCCCCCGGGGCAAGGCGGUUACUAUCCCCAGCAACCACAGCAGGCUUACCAGGGUGGGUAUCCUCAACAGCCAUAUGGGCAGCCAUACGGCCAGCCCGGCUACCAGCCUCAGCCACCGCCCCAGACUGUAUAUGUCCAACAGCCAGCGCCCAAGGGUGGAGGAGAAGACGACUGCUGCGCGUGUCUAGCGGGGGCAUGCUUGUGUUGCUGUGCAGAGGAGCUGUGCUGCGACUGCCUCUUCUAGACGACGGCUGCUACGAUCUGCAUAUGCAUAUUAUGCCCACGUUUUCAUGUCCGUUCGGUCGCCAUUGAUUGGUCCUUGUGGUUUCCAUACCCUCUAUCUUCGAUAUUUAACGUCACGAUUCUGCUGUAUUUUUUAUGGAUGUUCUGCCUCUGGCAUCUCAAUUUUUACGUAGCAUUGAUACGUUGUCUCAGAAAGCGCCACCCAUAAUAUACAACUUUUUUUAGUCCGG